AUGAGCCCUCUGAUCAUGGAGGAAGAUGACCUUGUCGAACACAUCAACCGUUCGCUGAAUGAGGAAGAGGAAUUCCACUUCCUGCGCUUCGAAUUCCUGCAAAGACUCAAUAUUGUGAAGCUGCAGCUAGAUUUAGUCCGAUUGAAAGGCCGAUUUCAGCGCGAGAAACGGGCAUCCAUUCAGGACUUGGAGGCUCUCGAGAGCACGCUGCAGAAAUAUGCCACUGCAAUUCGGAACUACCAGUUUCUCAAGGGCAAAGCAGCUCUUGGAAAGGCCGAGACACAAAGGCGAAGGCUGCUUUUACAACGCUACUUUCAAUCCAGAGUCAAAGAUCAGUUCCACUCUCACUACUGCUCCUUCCACGACGCAGAGCCAAGAGCCGAUCCGUUGCGAAGGGCCCUGAUGCGGUAUAUGCCUUCAUUUCUUGCAUUCUCCAGUGAAGAAAAGAUGUCACGGGCAAGAGAAUACAGCGAGGGCAAAGCACCGCAAGAAGUAUCAGUGUUUGUGGAUCGACUGACGCGGUUUCUCGUGGCUAUAACUGGGGGCAUCUUCCUGGUAGUACCCAUGAUCAUUAUGACUCUACACCAGUCAACGACUAAAAGCCUGAUUACGGUUUCAGUCUGUAUUGUUUUGUUUGCGCUAGUCAUGGCUUUUGGGGUGCGUGUGUCAAAUGCAGAGACAUUGAUCUCUACUGCCACAUAUGCUGCGGUCUUGAUGGUAUUCCUUGGGGUGAACAAUUGA